GUCUCCAGUCUUGGAAUAUUCUAAUCCUUCUAAUCUUGAUCAUGAUCUGAGGAACAAGAAGACAUAUUCCACCCAGCCACUUGUGGACACGACAAUCGCUCACCUUGCUCUCUCGAAAGCCUGAUGCAUAGAUCAGACACAUAAAUCCGCGCUCAGCUGCAAAUACUAACCUACAGGACCUCAACCCUCGACACUCCUCCGCAACCAUCACCUACACUUCGCUUCACAAUGGCCCGUGAAAGCGACGCCCCGAUCGAUCUCACGACGCCUGUUCGUCCUACAAACAGCGGACAGCAGCAGCAGCAGCAGCAGCAAGGACAGCAGCAACAAGCUCGUCACCCCGUGUCCAACCAUCCCGAGUUCGGCAAAACCACUCCUAUACGCCCAGUGCACCACUAUCACCCUAGCCAAAAGAGUCAUCAGCCGAACACUCACGCUAAUAAAAGUGGAAACCCCUUUAACAUCCCAAAACCACACCAAGCCCGUCCGGAGCAUCAUAGAGCCCAGCAACAUCAACAACAACAACAACCGCGACCUCCUCACCACCAUUUCCCCCAUCACAGGGGAGGGCCGAUGACCCCAGGCCCAGCAGGAGGAUUCUCCACCCCGCGACGAGCUGAGCCCUACGAUCCGUUCAAGCCCGUCCGUCCGUCCGCUUACAAUAACAACCGUUUCGCCCGCCCCGCCAACGACGAUGUCGUCGAGAUCCGUCGGCCGGAGAACUUUACGUUCAACACGCCGCGGGCGCCUAAGACAUUCUUUGCCUCUAAGCCUUCAGCUAUCAAGAUGUCGAAUGCGUCGCGAAAUCUGCAGAACUUCGUCGAUUUGACUGGGGAGGGUGGGUUCACGCCGAGUGCGCGGGCGAAGAAUACGGGAUUUGGGUCGGUGGAUGUGAAUGGAUUCGUGGAUACGGCGAAGGCGAACGAGAAUAUCAAGGCGCUGUUGGAGGGGGCGUUUGAGGAUGAUGAGGAUGAGAAGAAGGAGAAAUCCAAGAAGAAAAAGAAGGACAGGAAGGACAAGAAGAAAGACAAGAAGGAGAAGCAAAAGAAGAAGGAAGAAGAGAAAGCGAAGAAGGAAGACUCGCCCAAAGAAAAGAAGCAGGAUACUGCUGAUAUCGAUGAUCUUGCUGCGCAGUUGGAGAGUGUGACGGUGAAGGAAACGAAUGUCUCUGAAGAUGAGAGCGAGGAAGCCGAAACACCCUUGAGCUCGCCUGAGGCAAAAUCUAAGGUCUCUACGAAGGAUUCAAAGAAAGACGCGAAGGGAGAGGACGUUGUUAGUGAAGCUGAGGCUGAGUCGGAAGAGGACGAGGACGAGGAAGAUGAAGAAGAGGACGAGGAUGACGGUACUGUGGAAGGCCUCAAAGUCAAGUUACUUCCUCACCAGCGUGAGGGUGUCAGCUGGAUGUGUGACAAGGAAACGGGCCGCAACAAGACCAAGGGCGUGCUUCCCAAGGGUGGUAUCUUGGCCGACGAUAUGGGUCUCGGAAAGACCGUCCAGACCAUUGCGUUGAUUCUUUCGAACCGAAAACCUGCGAAUGGUCUCAGACGAUCAAAGACCGAAGAUGAAGAGGAGGAUAGCGACGAGGACGAGGAGGAAGAUACUCGGAAGCUUCCGCCCGGUCUCAGCAAGACUACUUUGGUCGUUGCCCCCCUAGCGCUCAUCAAGCAGUGGGAGGCGGAGAUACUGGAUAAAGUGGAACCGUCUCACAGGCUUCGCGUUCUCGUUUACCAUGGCAAUGCACGCGCAAAGGCGACAGACAACUUGGAGGACUACGACGUGGUGAUCACCACUUAUGGAACGUUAACUUCGGAGCACGGUGCGAUCGACAAGAGCAAGAAGAAGACGGGUAUCUUCUCCGUUUACUGGUAUCGAAUCGUUCUGGAUGAAGCGCACACGAUCAAGAACCGCAACGCGAAGGCGACCCAGUCUGCAUGUGCUCUCGAUGCAGAAUACCGGUGGUGUCUAUCAGGAACACCCUUGCAGAACAACCUUGACGAGCUUCAAAGCCUGAUCAAGUUUUUGCGCAUCAAGCCAUUUAAUGAUCUAGCGAAUUGGAGAGAGCAAAUCACCAAGCCUAUAGCGAACGGUCGCGGUGGCCUUGCCAUUGAGCGCCUGCAGGUCUAUCUCAAGAUUUUCAUGAAGAGACGGACUAAAGAUGUAUUGAAGCAGAAUGCCAACCUCAAGCCUGGCGGGGAGGGCAAGGACGGCGAAAAGAAGAAGUCCAAUGGCUUCCAGAUUGUCAAUCGUGAGGUUAUCAAGGUUGAAGCGGAAUUCAUGCCUGGGGAAAUGGACUUUUACAAACGCCUUGAACAGCGCACGGACGACAGUCUCGAGAAAAUGAUGGGCGGCGAAAAGGUCGACUAUGCCGGCGCGUUGGUCCUGCUCUUGCGUCUUCGGCAGUCGUGCAAUCACCCCGACCUGGUCAAAAGUGAUCUUGCUAAGGAUAAGGAUGUCCUCCUGCAGACAGGAGCCACCGGGAGCCAGCAAUCGUCUGGUAAACAGGAUGAUCUGGAUAGCAUGGCAGAUCUUUUUGGUGCACUUAGCGUGGUCUCUAAAAAGUGUGACAUCUGUCAGAUGGAUCUCAGCAAGGACGAGGCGUCGGGCGGUAAAAGCAGGUGUAGAGAGUGCCAAGUUACGCUUGACACGAAUGUGAUGACGACUGACAAGAAGAAAAGGAGCGGCCCCAACGCGGUUGCGGAUCUCACCCAGUCGCCUUCAGAGCGCCGUUCUGAGGCUCAGGCAGCUCGUUCGAGAAGGAACAGGAGGGUGGUCAUCGACAGCGAUGAUGAAGAGGACGAGGACGGCGAGUGGAUUGUCCCGGAGCACCAGCGCAAGGCGUCUGAUCUUGGUAAGGCCGGAGGCACCGACGAUGAGGAUGCUGAGGGGGGUGGCGAGUGGCUCAAUUCGGAUGAUUCUGACUCGGAUGAUGAUGGACCCGAAUCUCCGAGUCGGCAGCCUACGAGCAUACGCAAGCAGACUCACGGCCUUGUUACGAUCGAUAGUGAAGACGACGAUGACAUCUACUUGAACCCCGGGGACGAUACCAGCGACGUUCUCCCGUCUACAAAGGUCCGGCAUUUGAUGAAGAUUCUCCGACGCGAGUCAGCGGACCACAAGUUCAUCGUCUUCUCGGUCUUCACGUCUAUGUUGGACAAGAUCGAGCCCUUCCUGAAACGCGCCGGGAUCGGAUUCGCGCGUUACGAUGGUGGGAUGCGUAACGAUCAUCGCGAGGCGAGCCUCAACAAGCUCCGGAGCAACAGCGGCACGAGAGUUCUCUUGUGCAGUCUGCGAGCCGGUGCAUUGGGGCUGAAUCUCACAGCCGCGAGCCGGGUUGUCAUCCUGGAGCCAUUUUGGAAUCCUUUCGUUGAAGAGCAGGCAAUCGAUCGCGUUCACCGACUGAACCAGACUCGGGACGUCAAGAUCUUCAAGAUGAUCAUCAAGGGCACCGUGGAGGAACGUAUUCUCGACCUCCAAGAACGCAAACGGGAGCUCGCCAAUGUGACGAUCGAGGGCAAGACCGCAGCUGCCAAGCUCACCAUGAAGGAUAUGAUGGCGCUAUUCGGCAAGGAUGCAGAGGCACGAUAUAACGGAGACAGCAACAUUGACCUGACACAGACGACCAAGCUGCUGGCCUCGGGGGCUGACGGUGGUUCGCCGUACGUGAGCAAGAGCAGCGGGAACCGAUCCGCCGAGUCGCAGUCGCGCGAGCGCAGCCGUCAGCAGAGCAAUCGCACGUCUCGGACGGAAGACUCGGUGUAUGGAAGACGGUGGUAAGGGGUGGUUGUGGUUGCAUGAACCUGAAACGGAUCGUGCCGUGUCAUGGGCAUGAAUAUGAUUCCUUGACAGGAGAUCGAUGCAUUAACAGGCGUUGUUUGUGAUUCGGGACAUCUACUGGUGCAUUACAUAUACACAUAGAUGGGAGAUGUGUUUCAUGUUCUGGGUUCUGUUUGUUCGAUAUCAGUGGGAGCAUAUUUUCGGGUCUUCAUCCUAGUCUUUAUCAUCCUUGGAGUCAGC